GGCUCCCGUCGUGACACUGAGCAGCGAGACGCCGCGCGCAGCUCCGCACACCCACCCACACCGGCAGCGUCAUGACGGUCGCUCGGCUUUAGCUCCACGGAGACAAUCGCCCUUUUCAUUUAGUGUCGAUCGAGAGGCAACAGUACGGGUUCAGCGCCGUCUUUGGUCGCUAUGUUCGUUAUCGCCAUAUCCCGAACGGCGUCUCUUGGACUUUCUCCUAAUUACACUAUAGCUUCGCCUGGAAGCCGGCGGGCGCCUGAGCCCAACUCCAGCUCUUAGACCCGAAACAUCAGAUCAGCCUGAACUAGGACACCGGCGACACAGGAGCGCUGCUGUGAUGCUGGACAUGAUGCCGGCGACGGCGUCGGGCUGUGUGAGCGAAGCGAGCCGCCAGGAACCGGGGGACGUGCACCGGGAGGCGGUGGCCGUGCCGAGCUCCGGCAGACUGGCGCGUCUGUGCAGCAGGGACGAGAAGGAGCGAGCGGCGGCGCUGGAGGCGCUGAGCCGUGGCGUGCUGUCCUCGGCGAGCCCCGGUGCGGACGGCGAGCCGGGGCUCCAGCGGGACACCCUGCUCCACCUCCUUCGGGUGUCCAGGACGUGCCCCUUGCUGGACAUCAGGGAGAGAGCGGCGGAGUUGCUGCGGAUGGCGCAGGCCCGUGGUGUUGAGGUGCCUCAGGCUCUGGUUACAGGACCCAGCGCCUUUAUCCCUGCUGAGGAGAUCCUGCAGGAACUUGGUGGGCUGCCAGACCUGGUGGAGGCCUUCCUGUCCACGGGGCGUGUUGACCACGUCACCAUGGUGAUGGCACUGCACCCCUCCUACCUGCGCUGCUUCCUGCGUACCCAGCAGGCUUUGCUGCAGCUGGACGGACCCCUGCCCUGCCACUGGAGGCACUACAUCGUCGUCAUGGCCUCGGCUCGCCACCGGUGCUCGUACCUGGUGCAGCUGCACAGUGACGCCUUCCUGCAGGCGGGGGGGGACGAGCGCUGGCUGCAGGGGCUGCACUGUGUGCCCACCAAGCUGCGGCACCUCAACCUGCUGAACAAGCUUCUGGCCCACAGGCCCUGGCUGCUGGCCCAGGAGCACAUCGCGGACUUGGUCUGUCCCACCAGUGAGCAGCGCUGGUCACUGGCAGAGCUCAUUCACGCAGUGGUCAUCCUGGUCCAUGCCCACUCGCUGUCCUCGUUCGUCUGGGGCUGUGGCAUCAACCCUGAGCUCGACCACGUUGGGGGACACACUUUCCGGCCGCCCUCCCCCUCUGCCCACGUCUCCCGCAGCCCUGCACACGAAGCUGCCACUGAGCACCAGGGGGGGACCAACGGCGAGCAUGAGGUGGAGCUGCUGAUGCAGAGAAUGCAGCUUCUACAGCGGCAGCAGGAGCAGGAGGAGUUCAGCCCGGAGGAGAUGGUGACUCGCUUCGAGAGAGAGCGGAGCGAGAGGCUGCUGGGUCAGCUGAGCGAUGUGCCGUGCGCCCUCCCGGACAGUGUGUCCCGUUUUGUGGAGGAUGCUGAAUUUGCCUACCAGGACUUUGCCCCCCGCGGGGAGCAGGCCCCGCCCACACUCCGAGCACAGGUUUUUUCGUGGGAGGAUCACGGCUUCUCGCUGAUGAACCGGCUGUACCCGGACAUGGGCCAGUUGCUGGAUGAGAAGUUCCAGGUGGUGUCCAGCCUGACCUAUCGCACCAUGGCCAUGCACUGCGACGUGGACACUUCCAUGCUCCGCAAGGCCGUCUGCAACUACAUCCAGUGCGUCUUCGGCAUCCGGUGGGUCCCUGCUCCGUGACACAUCCCGUCUGACUGCGGGUUUAACGAUGAUGUCAUACUUUAUAAUCCAUCACUAUUAAUGUCAAUGAUUCAUUUAACAUUAAUUCUUUAGCUCGUUACACUGCACCUAUAUUGACUGGUUAGGAUUCCACCCAACACCCAGCUGAAUAUUCUAUGGACUUUUACUGAAUCCUCCCUCUGUGUCACCAUAUCUGUUCUUAGAUCAGCUGCCCUGCUCACGAUUAUGCAGAUUGAUCAUGGGAUUUUUAAUUAAAGCCACAAACACACCCAGUGUUUGUGACAGGGGGUCUGUAAGGCGUAAGAUCUGAGACGCUUCUAGAAGGUUCUUUCGAGAGCACUGUCAGCCCAGCUGGCUCGUCGCCGACGCUGUCAUCCUGUGCCGCUGUGCAGGUACGAUGACUAUGACUACGGUGACGUCAACCAGCUACUGGAGCUCCAGCUGAAGAUCUACAUCAAAACGGUGGCCUGUCACCCGGAGGAGACCUCGGCCCGCAUGUACGCUGCCUUCUGGAGGUUCUUCCAGCACUCGGAG